AUGGCACAGACAGAUUAUAAGUUUGAGGGCUGGAUGGGCCUUGACUCCAGCUCUGCUGAGGGUAACAUGGUCUGGCAGGAGUUCCAGCCGAAGGAAUGGGAAGAGACCGAUGUUGAUAUCAAGAUUUCUCACUGUGGUAUCUGUGGCUCGGAUUUGCACACUCUUCGCAGUGGAUGGCGUCCUGCUAGCUACCCUUGCUGCGUCGGGCACGAGAUCGUUGGUACCGCCGUCCGCGUUGGAUCCAAGGUAACCGACAUCAAAAUUGGAGAUCGCGUCGGCGUCGGCGCCCAGAGUGACUCCUGCCAAAGCCGCUUUGGUGACUGCGAAGAAUGCGCCAUGGGCUUGGAGCAGUACUGCUCCAAGCAGGUCAUCGGCACUUAUAACGGUACCCACUACAACGGUAGCAAGUCAUUCGGUGGCUAUGCGCUGUAUAACCGCGUUCCUUCACACUUCGCCAUUAAGAUUCCUGAUGGGAUUUCUUCUGCGGCUGCGGCGCCCAUGCUUUGCGGUGGUGUUACUCUGUACAGCCCGUUGAAGCACAACGGUUGCGGACCCGGCAAGCGCGUUGGUAUCAUUGGUCUUGGUGGAUUGGGUCACUUUGGUGUGCUCCUUGCCAAGGCUAUGGGUGCUGAUCAGGUUGUUGCGAUCUCGCGGAAGAAGGAGAAGAGCGAGGAUGCUCUUAAGAUGGGUGCGGAUCUUUACAUUGCUACCGAUGAUGAGCCGGACUGGGCUACUAAGCACUCUCGCUCUCUGGAUCUUAUUGUUUGCACCGUUUCUUCUAUCAAGAUGCCUCUGGUCGAGUACAUUGGACUUUUGCGAACUGCUGGCACUAUGGUUCAGGUCGGUCUUCCUGAGGAGGGAGGUCUUUUUGCCCCCGUUCGCCCCCUGAUGCGUCGCCUGAACAUGCAGAGCUCGCUGGUCGGUAGCCCGAGCGAGAUUCGGGAGAUGUUCGAGUUGGUGGCUGAGAAGGGCAUCGAGCCAUGGAUUGAGGAGAUCCCCAUGAAGGAUGCCAACAAGGCGAUUGUGGAUAUGGAGGAUGGUAAGGCGCGCUACCGCUACGUGCUUUGCAAUGAGUAA